UUCUUCCGAACUGCACAUUUUGAUGCGCCCAGGAGCUACGCACAAUGUGUAGCAAGUGGACGCAACGCAUUUUCUGAAUCCGGUUCCGGCGUGCCGACGACACCGAUGCCUGUGCCCACGGACCGACGAGCGCACAGGGCUUCUUCACCCGGACAGCACUGAAUGGUAGCAGCUGCGGGGACGGGUGCGGAGCGAGCGUUGCCAAACCCGGAGGGUUUCCUUGCGGCUCGCGGGACUAGAAUGCUCAUCUGCGUGUCUCGUCGCGAGCGGAUGACAGCCUCCACGCAGAGCCGUGCAGAAAACUUUCAGCUCUGCGUCUGACGCCAGGGCGAGAGGGGGGGAGGGAGAGAGAGGGGGGGGGGGGGGGGUUCCUGUUGAGAUUUUUUUUUGGAAACCAGGUCCCAGGAACGGGCAUCAUGCAGGUGCCAACUGUGGCCUCGUCACCGCAAUGACUCGCUCGGCGCCGACGCGGUUCAUCGUGCCACGCCAAGCCCGCAUAGUCAGAUGCCAUUUUACCCUGCGUGCUCCCGGUGUCUGGAGUUCCCACAUACUGGGCCCGUUGUGUAAUUAGAAGUUCGUGAGGCAGAAGCGAACCCGCGCCGGUGCGAUGAGACGCUGCGCUGCCCAAGACUCCGCGCGCACCGUGUGCUGAUCGCCUAUGGGUCCUGCGUGCUCGAGCUCCCGGCUUCCACUCGGCGAGGUGUGCUGCGGGGCUACGGCGCGCCGGCUGUCGGCUUCACAUCUGGACCGCCUGGCUACUGUCACCUGCGGCCUGUUCGGACGGUGUCCUCCCUGAACCCGCGUGUGUUACAAGGGGAACUGGCUGCGAUCGCCCCCGGAUGGCGUCGUGUUAGGGAGACGGGGCUGACUCAUUUUUUUUUUUUGGCCCGGGACUCGUCGUGACCGGUGAUCCACCGGAACACCGUCGUCCGAAGCUGGACUGGCCGACAACUAGCGCUUAUCCAAGCUAUGGAUUUUGCGUAGCCGAGAAGUCGCGCAUGUUUUAAAGGCAACGCUAGGGUGACACUGCAGUCCUCUCACCACAUCGGCUAUUUCGUCGUCCGACAGAAAAAAAGAUAAAAAGAGUGAAAGUGGAGCAUUGUCCGUCGUACGUAUCGGCGCAGUGGGAUUUCUACGUCUGCUCGGCGUCCCCCCCCACCCAUCCCGCGGUGACGGUUAUGGGUCGGAAGCGGUGUGUCGGUGCAGAUUGUUCCAAGAUGGCGGCCGGGUGCUGCGGGGUGAAGAAGCAGAAACUGUCGGGAUCGCCCGGGUCGGGGGGUCCCGGCGGGGUGGGGGCGGGAAGCGGGGUGGCAGGAACCGGACAUUGUGGCUCGGAGUUGGGGAUUGGCUCCUCCGCGACCGUUGCAGCAGCGGCGAACGUGAGCAGAGCCAACGGCCUGGGGGUACCCGGGGGGAACGUUAGCGGCGGCAGCGGCGGCAGCAGUGGCAGCGGCGGCGGCGGCACGAACGCUCUGUCCCCAGCCCCGGCCGGUUACACUUCAUCCGGCCUCUCCCCGAGUCUCAGCCCGGGACCCGGUUCGGGAAGUGGCGGCAGAAAGAUGGUGGUCUCGGCGGAGAUGUGCUGCUUCUGUUUUGACGUGCUUUAUUGCCAUCUGUACGGAUACCAACCUCCGAGAACACCCAGGUUUACAAACGACCCCUACCCGCUGUUUGUCACAUGGAAAAUCGGAAGAGACAAGCGGUUGAGGGGUUGUAUAGGUACAUUUUCUGCCAUGAAUCUGCACUCAGGACUCAGGGAGUACACCCUUACCAGUGCCCUUAAAGACAGCCGCUUCCCCCCAAUGACAAGGGAUGAGCUGCCUCGCCUCUUCUGCUCAGUGUCUCUUCUCACCAACUUUGAAGACGUCGGCGAUUACCUAGACUGGGAGGUGGGUGUUCACGGUAUUAGGAUAGAGUUUUUCAAUGAAAAAGGAUCAAAGCGCACCGCCACCUACCUACCGGAGGUUGCGAAGGAGCAAGGUUGGGACCACAUUCAAACCAUAGAUUCCUUACUACGAAAGGGAGGUUAUAAAGCUCCCAUCACAAAUGACUUCAGGAAGACCAUUAAGUUAACCAGGUACCGUAGCGAGAAGAUGACAAUGGGUUAUGCAGAGUACAUCGCCCACCGUCAGCACCAUCACUACCAGAAUGGCAUUGGGCACCCUCUACCACCCUACAACCAUUAUUCCUGACAGCGAGCCGCAUGACCAAUCAUUGGACCUCUCCGCGGACCUUUUCCCAGGAGAGCCCGCCCCCUCCUGGUCUAGCUAUUUCUACUACUGUACCAUUUUAUGAUGAUAGUUUCCGUUGCCAUGCUGGCCGUCUCCCCAGACGUUGACAUGGCAACGGGGUGGCAACGAAUCAUCGUUUGAUUCUGGCAAGAAAUCCACGUUUCUUUUUUUCUUUUUCUUUGCCUGUGGUUAAGUUUUUGCAGCAUAUGUAUACUUCUAUCUAUAACCCCCUUUAAUCACGUUUGAAAAAUUAACAAAUAAAUAAAUUUUAUUAAUCUUGCGACUUUUCAGCAAACCUAAUCAGGUGUUUGAUUCUGUGGAUGGAAGGAAGUCUCUUAGUAGAUUAGCUUCACACUUAUAUUAUUUAGGUUUUGCUACGAUUUUACAUUUACUAAAAACAAAUCUUCCUUUUGUUUUCUUUAUCUUAAUAUCCAGACAUGUAUACCAUGUAGCGAGGCAACUGCAGUUCUCAAAGGCUGUGUCAUCUCUUUCUGAUUCCUCUCAAAAAAAAAAGAAGAAAAAAAAAGACUGACUCUUGAGAUCGUUUGAGCCUUGUAAACUCUUGUAGUGUUGUAGUUGGAACUAUUUAUGGGGAUCUGUAUACUCCAAAGUAUAGGUAGUAGGAUUGUGAUGCCCUUUGACCAGCCUUUGCUGGAUGUGUUUAUUGUUUGAGCUGUGUGAUUCUCUGUGUGUGGAUACGGACAUUGGUCUGCCAUUAGAUUAAAAAAAUCGGUGGAGUAAAUUAGAAAUUGGAUUUUACAAGAUUACCUACAGAGAGUUUUUGGGGGGAAACCCCACUCCCUGCGUAUUUUUCGUGUUUUUUGUGGUGGAACCUUUAAAAUUUGAACUGCGUUUGUUUGGCGAGAGCCUUCUGGCUUGUUCCCUCUUUUUUUUCAAAUUAUAGUAAUUGUGGAGGAAGCCAUUUUGUCUGAGGAUACUCAUGUAUGGGCUUUAAUGAUUUCUGCUUUUCCCCCAGCAUUGGAGGGGGCGACCAGGUGUGAUUACAGGUCCCCGAAGUGGGGGAGAAAAAAAGAAAGUGUGUGCAUGAACAAUGCUUUUGAUUUACUGUACCUGUCUUGAGUACCUGAGUUUACUGGCAGGGAGUCACUUAACAGGGACAUGCUAUAACUACUUAAAGCCAUAUUCUCUUUUUACUCCACACUUUGUAAGAGUCGUCUGUUGUUUGGCUUGAAGUGUUUGCGUUCGGCGCCACUUACGCUGGUGACUCUUCAACCAAACUCACACCGAGCAGACCUCAGACGGGGCUGCGUCACGAAAAUACUUGUCGAAGCAGCGGUUUCAGUCAUUUGUCCGGUGUUUCGUAUAUUGCCCGUGUCGUGGAAACUUUGUCUCGUCUUUCCAGAGUGUAGCUAACCACUGUCACUCGUCCAUGAAGUAUCGUUGUAUUAAAAAUUGUCAUUUUUUCGAAAAUGCAGACCCACAAAAGGCAGUGAGCUAAAUUGCAGCAUCUCGUCUGUGUCAUUUAAGAAGUGCGCGUCAUCGUGGGGUUCUUUUGAUUUACGCUGGUUGGAACCGCACUACCACCGUUCUCCUCUGACUACCAUUGAUCUGUGUGUCCGCGGCACGGGGCACCAUUUUUUGUUUUGUGGUCUGUUUGGUCAGUGGCAGUAAGUUUUAAGCAAACACAGUUGAAUUAGUUUGCGCCAAAUCUCUGCAUGCGGGGGCCCCACAGUUGAGGUCUACAGAUAAAAAGCCAGGGCUUUGUAAAGGUCUUAAGAAGCCAUUUCCUAUCCAAA